UUCAAUUGAGGUUGAUAGUCAAAGGAACUAAAAAAAAACUUGUCUUCUUUAGUUGUAGUUCUCUAUGUGUCUUGUUUUUAUCAGGACAAAAGAGUUUGAAAUCAAUUGCUUUCCAUCUUGAUCAUUGAGUGGCUUUAGCAUUAAACUAUGGCAUCCUCUUUAAAGUUGAAUAGAGAAUGGCCGUAACACCUUUAUCCGUAUAUGAACCUGGAAGGACAGAUUUCAUUAGUAAAUUGCCUGUUGAAAUUCUUAUUACAAUUUUAUCUUUCUUGGGCAUGGAAGAAGCUAUACGAACCAGUGUCUUAUCUCGUAGGUGGAGAGACAUGUGGACAUAUACAAGAAGACUGAGCUUUGAUGAUGCACAGUUGGUUUAUGACAGGUUUCCAACCGAAAGGGUUGAGGCUAAGUUUGUUCAUUGGGUUAACCAUAUCUUGGAAUCACAUCAAGGUACAAAUAUAGAUGAAUUUGAAGUUUGCUUUAAUGUGAAUGAGGGAGAUUCUAAGAGUGAUAUUGAUGGCUGGAUUGCAUUUUCCCUUCGAAAGAGAGUUAAAAGGUUGUAUGUGGAUUUUACAACCUUUCACAAGAUUUCUCAACAGGGAAAGUACAAGCUUACAACCGAGUUUCUUUCUAUUUACAAUCUUGAUUCUUUAACAGUUCUCUAUUUGAAUUCGGUGGAAGUGACUGGCAAGGUUGUUGAAUACAUUUUAUCCCAUUGUCCCUUUCUUGAAGUGUUAAAUGUGACAGACUCAAACUCGCUAUUACAUCUCAAAGUUCUUGGCUCCUCCCUUAAGCUGAAGUCAUUGGAGAUUCUAGACUGCAACUUGUUGAAAGAUAUCAAGAUUGCUGCAAAACAUCUGGUGUCAUUUGAAUAUUCUGGUCCAAUAAUUAGCAUAUCAUUGAUUAACACUCCAUCUCUCACAGAGAUUCGAGUAGGGGCUAUGUUUUUUGUUAAAAAUAUUUAUCAGCUUUCAGGUUGUCUUUCGCAACUGGAGGUGCUUGAGCUGGACUUCUUGACAGUCAAGGACAUUAAGAUUUUUAGAACUUUGAUCAGACUUCCUGUGUUAAGGAAUCUCAAGCAAUUGGAAUUGAGGUUAAAUCGUCUUAGCAACAUAUUCUACUGCAUUUCUCUACUAAAGGUGUUUCCUCAACUACGUACCCUCAUAGUGGAGAUGUCACGGUCAAAUAGCUCAGCCAUUGAUGAAAGUGAGAAGAUUAAAUACAAAUUUGGCAAGAUGGAGGAGCAUGAAGAAAAACAACAUAAAUGCUUGAAAGUGAUUGAAGUGUCUGGUUAUAAAGGAGUCGAGGGUGUUGAUGCUAUGCUCCUGCUUUGGUUACUUAGAAGGGCUGGAUCAUAUGAUGACUUGGUGAUAGCUGUGGAGGAGGAGGAGAGUAAGGACGCUUUUGCUAUUUUUGCAAAAUCGGUUCUUGCUCUGAAGGUUAAAAAGAUAGGUCCGAAGGCUGAAUUAGUGUUCUCUACUUUAUCUAAUUUGAAGGAAUUGAGCUCAAUUAGCUGAUGCAACAGAGAAUUAGUGGAUUCGAUUAGUAGUUGUGUUAAAUAUUCUUUUCUCUUUUGUGUGUUUUUUUUUUCCCUUUUAUUUUGGGAGGCUCGGGUCCUGUUAGAUUAAUUAUGCAAAUUUGGCAUGUCCAUGUUAACAAUGUCUUCGUUGAAAUUUGUUUCACUGUGUAAAUUUGCUUUCAAAUUCUUGUACUGCAGUAUACUGGUAUGCUUUGUAGUUAAUUCAAUUUCAAUAC